ACAAGCAUGACAUAUAGUAUGCAGUGUAUGUUAGACAUCGCGAUCGGCAGUGUCCUGGCCUGAUCGCACCGAAAUUUCCCGGGAAAAACUAAAGGUCGCCGUUCCGGCUGCUACGUUUGGAAAUAAGUCAUCCAAAAGGCGUUCUAGAAUGCAACCGACUACAUGUAGUUGGGUGAAUCAGUUCAGAUAAAAGAGAGGGGCAUCGAUCAGUCUAAACAGGAAAUCAUGACACAGGGAAGGAUUGAACUGGGAGCCAUAACACCGCACAACAUCAAACAGCUGAAGCGGCUCAACUCGGUGGUGUUCCCCGUCUCCUACAAUGACAAAUUCUACAAGGAUGUGCUGGAUGUGGGCGAACUGGCUAAAUUAUGCUACUUCAAUGACAUUGUGGUCGGGGCUGUCUGCUGUCGAGUCGAUACCACGGAGGACGGCACACGACGGCUGUACAUUAUGACGUUAGGCUGCCUGGCUCCUUACAGAGGACUGGGCAUAGGAACGGUGAUGCUGAAACACGUCCUGGAUUACUGCAACAAAGAUGGCAACAUUAGCAAUAUUUAUCUACAUGUACAGGUUAAUAACGAGUCUGCCAUUGAGUUCUACAAGAAGUUUGACUUUGAAAUCAUCGAAACCAAGGAGCAUUACUACAAGAGAAUUGAGCCAGCCGACGCCCACGUCCUGCAGAAGACGUUACAAACCAAAGGAGUGUGAACUCAAAGGAUUCAAAGUUUUGGACUUAUCAGGAGUUUGUUGGCCUGUGGCCACCAAAUUAGAUUGAUUUAGUGGCCAUCUGGCCUCUGGCUUCCAAAACUAGACUGAUUUGGUAGGCAAUAGAGAAGAGCAGAAGACUGGGGCUUGUGGAAUAAUGCUGGAGGGGCUUGGACUUUUUGCUGGACACUGGCUGCCAAAUUUGACUGAUUUAUUGGCUCAAGGUGGCUUUUGGCUUCCAAACUGGACUAAUGUGGCCAGGAGUACUCAGUAGCUUACAUGUAGGUGUGACAAACAUGAUACAGAACCAAGACGCUUUUGUUGGCCGUUGGCUACCACAUUUAGACUGAUUUGCUUGCCAGCUGGCAUCUGGCUUCCCAGCUGGUGGCCUUCUUUAAUUUGUAGCCGAUUGGCCAGGUAAACAUCUGGGCUACCACGGGAGGAAGCAUCAGUAUGUUUCUGGCCUUUGGCUACAAAAUAUUACCAGCCAACAGCGCAUAAUAGACUAGCAAGAUAAAUAGCACCUCCUUGUCAACUGCAGAGAUUUCAAAGAUCAUAACCUUCACUUACUACAAAGUACCAGUUUUUUUUGUCCUACCUUGUUUUUUGAAGUUCUCUUUGGCAUUCAAAGCUCAUUGGAUGGUGACCAGAGAAAGCAAUUUUAUACAUAAUCUCUGAUGAGAAUCUAUAUAGAUUGUGUUUUCUAUAUUUCCACACUGGACAUUUUGUUACAUUUGAGUUUUAGCACCAUACAGAAUCUUUGUCAAGAUCCGUACAAGUAUGCAUGUAAACCACAACAAAUUUUCAAUAACUACGUUGGAUACAAAUGAUAUUAAAUAAAUGAAAUUGAAAUUGAAUGAAAUUUCUCAGAUUUUACAAUAGUCACGUCAUCACUUCAAAAUUUUUCAGUGUUGAUUUAAGUAACAUAUUUGUUAAAAAAAGGUUUUUUUUCCUUUUUUCCCAAGUAAUGACUGUACAUGUGGUAACAUAAAUGUAUAGUCUACACAUACGUUGAAAGUUCUUAUUUCUCACAGAAUUGGUUGUUUUCUUGUUAACAUGCCUAUUGUUUCUGUUAGUAUUGGUACAGUUGUUGGUACAUUGAUUUAUCUCUGAGCGUACAGUGUAAAAAACCUGCCAGAUUCUGUUGAGUGAGAAAUGGCCAAUAAAGUGUGUUUUGGAAUAUCCUA